AUGGCUUUUGGCACAGUUGGUCAUGACAUGUAUGCUAGGUUGAGGAUUGUUGAAAAAGCUAAGAUGCAAGGUGGAAGUCGAUCUGUAGAGUCAGAUCCAUCUGAGUGGGAUGGUAUGGAUACGUCUUCCCCUGAGUGGCCAGAGGCAAGAGCAAGUAGAGAGGAGAUAGCAAGAGACCGAGGAAGGUCUGUUGAAGUUAGUAGAGAAGGAAUGGUGCAAAGGAGGGAUGUAGGAGUACAAGUGAGUAUAGAUGAGGAAAGUAAGGAAAAGUCAGAAAGUGAUGUUCGGACCAAGGAGUCCAAGAACUCAAGUACAGGAGAAGUUGAUCCCUCUACUCUGAGCACAGCCGCCACAAGAGGUAAGAAGAAGACUAGAGGUUUGAGAAGAUCAAGGAGGAGUAAGUUUUGGCAGAGGCUGAAGGCUAGUCUGGAUGCCUCUGGUUCAGGCCCUAUAAGAUGUAAGAGCUGUGGAAAAUCACACGGAGGAGUGUGUCUAGCAGGGACCACUGCUUGCUAUCGGUGUAAACAGGAAGGGCAUUUUGCACGUGAGUGUCCUACUGCGAGAAACAGGGCACGGUCACCACGAAGCAGCUCAGCCAGCAGUCCCAGCUUUGGAUCAAGUUAG